AGGUCAUAAUUAAGUUUAUGUAAGAUUGGUUGAAUGUUUGUCGGGCAACAUGUCAACAAUGCGACUAAGAUCAAAGCGUUUGGAACUCACCGGUAACACUACGAAACAUAAAACACCUCUGAAAAAACCAACUAUCGAACGUUCAGUUGAUGUUACACCGAUUGGAAAUAAUUCACAGUAUGGUAAAGGAAUACCAAAACAAUCAAUAUCUGCUGUCAGACGAUUAGAUGAACUUUCACAAGAUGAAGAAAUAACUACAUCUGUCAAUGAAAGCAAUAAGGAAAAUAUGGAAAUGGACAUUGAAGAUAUUCUAUCGGAUUCUUCUGAUUCAAUUAACACCAGUGAUGAAGAUGAAGAUACAAGGAUGGAAAAGUAUAUGAAGAGAAAAAAUCGAAUCAUGGAAACAAAGCAAGCAAUGUUGAAGAAAUUAGCAAUUGUGGAAUCAACAAAGGAAAUUCGAAAUGCAAUGAUCAGAGAAAAACAGAUUACUAAAACAGAGAAAUCUGCCACAAAACAAAGGGCAGGAAUAUUAAAAAAGGAAGGGGGCAAACCUUUGGUGGAGUCAAAUAUACAGCGAAAAUCAUUACGAUUAUUAAGAAAAGAUCCCAGAGGUGUUGAUCUGCCUCCAGAACCUGUGGAGAUCGAAAGAGACCCCAGGAAGCCUGGAACCGAAUUUCCUAUGGUAGCUGUUGAUUUUGAAGAAAUUGGCAUAAAUUCACAAGAUAGUAGUGAAGAUGAAGAUACCAAGUUUCUGAAAAAAUCCUAUACUGAAUAUGAACGUUUUAUGAAAGGAAUCAAAAGAUUGAACGAUAUAUUUGAAUCACCAGCGAAAAUUGAUUUGGACAGAUAUAAAAAGUCACUCAAAUCUUUGAAAAUAAAACCCAAAUAUGUUCAAAAAGUGGCUAAAGGUCGUGUUUUCUCCAUAGCGAUUCACCCUUCAUGUACAGAAACUUUAGUAGCUGUUGGUGACAAAUAUGGGAAUCUUGGAUUGUGGAAUCCGGAUUUAAACGAUUCAAAUAACGGAACAUAUAUGUUUCAACCUCAUAUAAACCCAAUAAGUUGUUUAAAAUUUUCUGAAACAAAUUCAAAGAAGCUGUACUCUUGUAGUUAUGAUGGACAAUUAAGAUGCAUGGAUUUGGAAAAGUCAGUUUUUGAAAAGGCAUUUAUCAAUGAUGAGUAUUGGGAAAUGUCUGGUCUUGAUUUCUUGGAACCUGAUCAUACAAUAAUAGUCAGUAGAUCGGAUGGAAAUUUGUCCAUUGUAGAUACAAGAACUGACCCAAGCAAUGUACAGACUUUUGAGGCCCAUGACAGAGCAGCAAAAUGUGUCAGCUGUCAUCCGUUACAGAAGUAUUAUGUUUCAACUUCACACAGAGAUGGAUCCGUUUUCAUCUUCGAUAUUCGAAAUAUAAGUGAUAUGAAGUGCAAGCCCGUAGUUACGAUUCAAGAUCAUGCAAGAUCCGUCAGUUCUGCGUAUUUUUCACCAAUCAGUGGAAAACAUCUUCUUACAACAAGCUAUGAUGACAGGCUCAGAGUAUUCAACACUUCAAUCAUAAGUCAAAAUGCAGUGGAAUUGAAAGGAAAAUGCUUUCACAAUAAUAACACAGGAAGAUGGUUGAGUAGUUUUAGAGCUGCAUGGCACCCGGCAUCAGAUGAUGUAUUUGUCGUGGGAAGCAUGGAUAGACCAAGAAAGAUCGAUAUAUACGAUUCAUCAGCGAAUUAUGUGUUUGAAGUUUCAGAUCCUGAACUGCUGGGAACUGUUUGCUCAAUAAAUUGUUUCCACAAAACUAGAAAUAUUAUAGCUGGCGGAAACAGCAGUGGGAAGAUCUACUUGUUUUCUGAUAAUCUUUAAGUUCGAGCUCAAAUAUAUUAAAUAAAUGUUUUUUUAUUCAUUCAUUUAUUAUUUCAAUACCGCUGUUGUGCUUAUCGGACAUCCAGCUUGCUGCUGUACCCAACAUCAAUUAUAUCGAGUAUACUGAUGACAAGGUAACCUUAUCUUGGAUAAGCAGUACUCACUUUAUCUAUGCUAAUUCUCCAAUGAGAUCUUUUAUUUGAUGUUUUUCUUCUUUAUAAACUUUUUGUUCUUCACUAAUUUUGCGUGCUACUCAAUUACAAUCAUUUUUUGAAUUUACGAAUAAAUAUACACACACAGUUUCGA